CUUUUUGAUAAGGCACUCACAAAACAAGUGAAUAUUAAGUGAAACAUAAGUGAAGUGAUAGUGCUAGUGAUGUGCGCGCGCGCUGUGUUUACCGAUAUCGAUACCGCGCGGUAGUGAAUCGACAAUGUUGCCGUCGUGGUGGCAUGUGCUACCAAGUUUACUGGUUGGUCUACUCCUGCAAUACUGUGUGGAGAGCCAGCAGGAGAUCUUGAUCGAGGAAUCAGCUGCCAUCGAGUCAUUACACGCGCCUACCGGCGGCGGCGUGGAGUUGCCAUGCGACAUCACCCCAGCGCUACCCGACGACACAGUCGGGCUGGUGAUAUGGUACAAGCAGGGGCACGACACGCCCAUAUACUCAUUGGACACGAGAGAGGGCAGGCCGUCACACUGGUCGGAUUCCUCCACGCUGGGAGUGAGAGCCACGUUCAGGAGUGACACGUUGCCUGCUGUUCUCAUCCUCACCAAGCUAAGGCCAGAGGACAGUGGGCAGUACCGCUGCAGAGUGGACUUCAUGAAGUCUCCAACGAAGAACACGAGGCUCAACCUCACUGUCUUGAUUCCACCUGAGAGGCUGAUCAUCCUGAACCAGGAUGGCAAUGAGAUCAGAAGCGGCGUCAUCGGGCCCUACGACGAGGGGACAGAGGUCAACCUCACCUGUGUGGCGGUUGGUGGUCGCCCAACCGCCAGGGUGUCGUGGUGGAAGUCCCAUGCCCUCCUGGCCAACUCGGAGGCGCGGGCCUCCGUGUCCUUUCGGCUGCAGAGGUCCGACUAUGGAACUGACAUCACUUGCCAAGCGGUGACAGAUCCCUCAAUAUCGCCGGUGUCGGAAAACCUAUCCAUCGACAUUAAUCUGCGACCCCUCUGGGUCCGUCUUCAAGGAGGGAAGCGCCCUCUGGUGGCUGGCCAGAGCACCGAGCUGGUCUGCCAGGCUGUGGGGGCCAGGCCGAAGCCCAACAUAUCCUGGUGGAAGGGAGGAACGAGGCUGAAGACUGUGAGAGAAACCACCUCACCAGACGGCAACAUCACCAGCAGCAUCCUGACCUUCACGCCUGCCAUCGACGACGCAGGCCGGGUGCUGUCCUGCAGAGCAGUCCAGCCUACACUGGCCCAUUCCACCCAUGAGGACGGGUGGAAGAUGGAAAUACAACAUCUACCCGUUGUAAAACUGGAAUUGGGAGCCAAUCUGGAUGCCAGCAAGGUGGUGGAAGGAUCCGACGUGUACUUAGACUGCAGGGUGCGAGCGAACCCGUGGCACACGCAUGUAUACUUCACUCAUAACGGUGCAAUAGUGAAGCCAGGCCCAGGAGUUCUCCUGGCCAACCAGAGCCUGGUCCUCCAGCAUGUGUCAAGGAAGGCUGCCGGUGCUUACGUGUGCUCAGCAAGGAACGGGCUGGGAGAGGGAUCCAGUGAGAAUCUCAUGCUGGACGUGAAAUUUACACCGACCUGCAAGUCGAACCAGCCAGUGGUGUUACGUGCCGCGAGAGGGGAAAUGAUCGACAUCGAAUGCGAUUUGGAUGCCAACCCUAAGGAUGCCAUGUUCUACCACUGGUGGUUCAACAGCUCAGCGCACACCAAGCAUGAGCUCACCACGUCUCCUGCUACCUCUGCUAAUAGCUCACCUGGUGUCUUCACGUACAUGGUGAACACGUCAUCGGACUACGGCUGGGUGCAGUGCUCGGGGACCAACUCCGUGGGUAGGCAGACGAAACCCUGCCUCUUCCAUAUCCUGCCUGCUGACAAACCAUCAGCAGUGAAGGCGUGUGAGAUCACUAACGUCACUUACGACUCCUUAACCCUCAACUGCACUCCUGGUCAUGAUGGCGGCAUCCGACAGUCGUUCCUUCUGCAGGUCUUCGACAUGGCCACCGGUCUCCUUCUCCGAAACAUCAGCAACGACGAGCCAGAGUUCGAAGUCGGGGGGCUAUCAGCAAGCAUGUCCCUUGCCGUGUCAGUGCGAGCCUUCAACAAGAAGGGCUCUAGCGAACCGCUGACCCUGACGUCCAGUUUGCUGAAGUACCCUCAACGGCACACAGUGCUUCUCAUAUCUGAUUCGAUGACGUAA